CAGCUUCAGCUCGUCCGCGCCAUCGCCAUCGCCAUCACGUCCCUCGCCCUGUCGCCGCCGCCAUGGAGGACUACCACAAGCCCGACCAGCAGACGCUGCAGGCGCUGAAGGACACGGCUGCCCGCCUGCGCGUCAGCUCCAUCCGCGCCACCACGGCCGCCGGCUCCGGCCACCCAACAUCAUGUUGCAGUGCAGCAGAGAUUAUGUCUGUGCUCUUUUUCCAUACUAUGAGAUACAAAGCGCAAGAUCCCAAAAACGUCAACAAUGACCGGUUUGUUCUUUCUAAGGGUCAUGCAGCACCAAUUCUAUAUGCUGUUUGGGCAGAGGCUGGCUUCCUCCAAGAAGCAGAACUGUUAAACUUGAGGAAAAUUGAUUCUGUUUUGGAAGGACACCCUGUUCCAAAACAAGCAUUUACUGAUGUAGCUACUGGAUCCCUCGGCCAGGGACUUGGUGCUGCCUGUGGAAUGGCCUAUACUGGCAAAUACUUUGACAGAGCCAGCUAUCGUGUCUAUUGUCUCCUUGGAGAUGGAGAGGUGUCUGAAGGCUCCGUUUGGGAAGCAAUGGCCUUUGCUGGGUUUUACAAGCUGGAUAAUCUGGUUGCCAUAUUUGACAUCAACCGUCUUGGACAAAGUGACCCUGCCCCUCUGCAGCAUCAUGUUGAAAUCUACCAGAAACGCUGUGAAGCUUUUGGUUGGCAUGCUAUCAUAGUUGAUGGGCACAGUGUGGAGGAACUUUGCAAAGCCUUUGGUCAGGCCAAACAUCAACCAACUGCUAUUAUUGCAAAGACUUACAAAGGCAGAGGAAUAUCAGGUAUUGAAGAUAAGGAAAACUGGCAUGGGAAGCCCCUUCCAAAAAACAUGGCUGAACAAAUCAUUCAGGAACUUGAAGACAAAAUCCAAAUCAAGAAAAAGCUUUCUCCGGCCCUCCCAGAGGAGGAUGUGCCAAUAAUAAAUAUUAAAAAUGUUAAGAUGCCAUCCCCACCAAGUUAUAAAGUAGGAGAGAAGAUGGCUACCCGCAAAGCUUAUGGCUAUGCACUUGUGAAACUGGGCCAAGCCAGUGACAGAGUGAUUGCUUUGGAUGGAGAUACAAAGAAUUCCACCUUCUCAGAGCUGUUCAAGAAAGAGCAUCCUAGCCGCUACAUUGAGUGCUAUAUUGCUGAACAGAACAUGGUGAGUGUUGCUGUUGGCUGCGCCUCUCGUGACAGAACGAUUGCUUUUGCCAGCACUUUUGCCACUUUUUUCACCAGGGCAUUUGAUCAGAUCCGCAUGGCUGCCAUUUCUGAGAGUAACGUCAAUCUUUGUGGCUCUCACUGUGGUGUAUCUAUUGGUGAGGAUGGACCUUCUCAGAUGGGACUGGAAGAUUUGUGCAUGUUUCGUGCUGUUCCCAAUUCAACUGUCUUUUAUCCUAGUGAUGCUGUAGCUACUGAAAAAGCAGUAGAAAUAGCAGCCAACACUAAGGGCAUUUGUUUCAUAAGGACCAGUCGUCCUGAAAAUGCUGUCAUUUAUAGCAGCAAUGAGGACUUCCAUAUUGGACAGGCCAAGGUGGUAUUCAAGAGUAAGGAUGACCAGGUAACUGUAAUUGGAGCAGGAGUGACUCUUCAUGAGGCGCUAGCUGCAGCAGAGCAUCUGAAGAAAGAGAAGAUCUUAAUCCGAGUGAUUGAUCCAUUCACUAUAAAACCCCUGGAUAGGAAAACCAUACUUGAAAAUGCAAAAGCAACUAAAGGCAGAAUUAUCACUGUGGAGGACCAUUACCAUGAAGGUGGCAUUGGAGAAGCAGUGUCAGCUGCAGUCGUUGGGGAGCCUGGCAUCACAGUCACUCGUUUGGCUGUAAAUCAUGUGCCCAGAAGUGGGAAACCAGCUGAGCUCCUGAAGAUGUUUGGCAUUGACAAAGAUGCCAUUGUGCAAGCGGUUAAGGUGGCAGUGUCUAAAUCAAGAAAUACUGAAUAGUGUGAAGUUUCUCAUUUGUGUUACAGAGAAACAGUGUUCAAAAUGGAAGUACUGCAACUUUCAGGCAAAGGUGCUUAACAUAUAUGCAGAGUUCUAAUAAAAAGACAAGCUUCCAAAAAAA